UGGGACCUAAACACUUGAUUUACUUCCAUAUAAAUUCCUAAUAACAAAAGAGAAGUGAGAUAAAGAUGUGGUCACUUGAUUUGUCCAUGCGUAGCACAUUAGCUACCAGGUUAUUGUGGAAAAGUACAUUUGAAACUGUCCUCACCAGACCUUGCCUUUUGUCAGACAGCUCAUAAAUCUGGUGAGGUUUUACUUGUGCUUUUUUCUAUCCAGGAACAAAAGCAAUACAUAUUUGGCUUUAGGUGGCUUUAGUCUGGCAAAGAGGAAAUGAAGUUCCAAAAUGAGCAGCUGUUGCGCAGUCAUGAUUUCUUUUGAAGAUGUACUGUUUCAGGUGAGAAAAGCUGUACAGGUUGGCCCCAGCCUCCUGUGUGAACUCCUCAAGGAGCUGCAUGAAGCCGGAGUCUUCUCCACGGAGUACUACAGGUCUCUCUUCAAGCAGCGUGAAGUUGCAGAGGAAAGUCUGGGUGAAAUCCUAUUAAAUGAUGGAGAGGAUCUGGCAAGAAAACUCUCUUUACCUAUUUGGCAAAAGUGGGAUAUCAGCCAAGUUAUUUUGGAUUCAGCACUGAGCAAGGAGGAGGAUUUAGAUUCAUUUCUGAACGAUCCUGAUGCUGAAUCGUUAGACAUUUUCUCCGAUCUUUUACCUGGCGAUGUUUUCUCUAAAAUUCUUGACUCCAUUCUAAGUGAAGACUCUAUUGAAGACAUUUUGGAUCCCAUUUUCUUUGAAGAUGAUCUUGAUUUUCAAUCAGGUGAGGCAGACAUAACCUGCACACUGACACCAGAGAUUGCUGCUAUUUCAGACAAAAAGACAAAAAGAAAACGAAAAGAGAUAAGGAAAACAACUUCCAAAUCCAACAAAACUACCACUAAGCGCAGAAAAGUAACGGCCAGCUCAGAAAGUCCCCCUAAUGGAACGUCCACCAUUACUUCUGAGGGAAAUUUCCAUUGCAACCACAGCCCUUUACAGCCUGUAAUACACGUGCCCCUAAACAGCAUAACUGCCUUUGACAGCCCCCCUCUUUUCACCCCUAGUGGUGGAUCUGCAUUGCAGAUACUCCAGACCCUCGGUUCCCACCAUUUUAUCGGCUCUGUGGUUCCACUGAGGCCCACAUAUGUGAUUGUGUCACCUCAACCUGUAAGUCCAGUGACGCAAAUAAUUCCUGUUUCACCAACUGUUGGUACGGUUGCUCCUCCCGAACUCACUGUUGCGGGGCAUCCAGUCGGCUCAUUAUCAGACAGUGCAAGCAAGGGCUUGCCAUCAGCAUCUGUAGACACUCUCUCCCCUACGAAAGUGACAAGUAGGACCACAGCGUUUUCAGAUGGAAAGCCACAAAACACUGAUUCCCCACCUCCUAAACCAGCUCCAAAAGCGCGUCCGGAAGCACCAAAAUGUGUUAAGGACUUCAUUCUUCAUGCAAAAUCCCAUAUCAGAGAGAUCUGCUGUCGUAUGCGUGGGGGUUUGGGAAUGGAGUCACACUACAUCAACAUGAAUUUGAUCCAGAGGAAACUCCUAAUCAAAUCUGGCAAGAAUGCUAACAAGUGUUUGGAGAAGGAACUGGUUGUAAUCAGCGACUCGGAGCGAAAGAGAAAAAAACUGGAUAGGAGUCAAGUGUUUCAUAGCAAUUUUUCCAGACCAAAACAGUCCAUAGCUCUCCUUGGGAAAACCGGGGUGGGAAAAUCCACCAUGAUUCAGCGCUUGUGUUUAGACUGGGCGAGUGGGAGCCUGCCUCAGUUUCACUUUGUGUUUUUACUGAACUGUAAAAACUUAGACCUUACAAAAUCUAACUACAGCUUAAAGCACUUACUGUUCGAUUUGUCUGUAACUCCUCGUUGCGAGAAAUCCGAUGCUGUAUUCAGUCAUGUUCUCUCCUUUCCCGAAGACGUUCUCAUUAUUUUUGAUAGUUUUGAUGACAUUAAAGAUUUUGAGGGGCUCCUUCAGUCCCCCGCUAAAUCACCCAGAGACACUAAAUACACCAUAAAACAGCUGUUCUCAGGUCUGUUCCAGAAGGAAAUUCUGCCGGGCUGCACGCUUCUCAUUGCCACGAGACCUAAAGAAGUUUUAAAUCAGGUGCUGCGAAAAACUGACAGUCUUUUGGAGCUUUGUUGCUUCUCCCCUGAGGACAUAGAGCUCUACACAACUAAAUAUUUCAAGGACUCUCCCAUUCAGGAGACGGCACUGCAAAAAAUUAAGAACGAAAGAUACAUAUUCACUUUAUGCUCCAAUCCACUGCUCUGCUGGACUACCUGUUUUUUGCUGGAGCAUCAAGAAAGCCACGAUGACUCUUUGCCUUCAACUCUCACAGACUUUUAUCUAAAAGUGACCUCCAAGCACCUACAGCUGGCUGGCGGGGAAAACAGCUCAUUAUCUAGCAAUAAAAAGAAGGACAUCCUUCAAUUGUGCAAAAUGGCUUGGGAAGGAUUUAAGAAUCAUAACACGCACAUAAACCUCAUCGAUUCUGCAGAACUGGUGGACUACUGUCUCAAGAGUGGCAUACUCGCGUCCCAUGGACCAUCGGACCGUCCAGAAAACCACUUUGGAGAUCUUUACACUCAGAACCUUCUAGGUGGCGUGCACUCGGUGCAGUCUAAACAGGUCAACGAAAAAAUGCUGCUGGCACAUAGUGUGGUCCAGCAGAAGAAACGGAAAGUUCAGGGGGAGUCGCAGGAUUUGAUGCAGAGGUUCGUCACGGGUCUGCUCUUUCAGAAGGCUCCUUCGGGUGGAGUUUGUAUCUUGGAUGGCAGCAUUGACGUUCAGGCCAAAAGGAAAGCUGUAGAAACCCAUUUGCGUAACCUGAAGCUUAAUGAAUUUACUCCUGCCAGGUUACUCGAACUCUUUCAUUGUGUUUAUGAGGCCAACAACACCAAAUUUGCAAGAGUGCUGUUGAAGAACCUUCCGGACAAUCUGUCGUUCUGCGGAACGCUGCUUAGCCCGUCGGAUGUGUACGUCAUAUGCCAUCUUCUUCAACACGCCAAGGCAUUGAAACGGACCUUCUCCAUUAACCUGCAAGAUACAUGCAUUCCUAUUAAUGGACUUAGAGAGUUGGUGGAGCUUGAAUGUAUAAAAUCUUUCUGGGCACAUACAGCAGACACCAUUGCAUUGUGGGAGGACUUGGAUCAAAGAAAAGAUGAAUUGAACUUGAAAGGUGCCAUUGAGAAAUUCACCUUAAACCCACUGAAGGCAAAACAAGGGUACCACAUAGAGAACCUGCCACUUCUUGUCCACAUUCAUAGGGAGAAGAAGUUACCAAGCAGUGAAUUUGUGUCUGCGUUAAAUGAAGGUGUACCAGCCCUCAGUCAUCUUCAGAGACUGGAAUUUGAGCUUGGAGUCCUGAAUGGUCCUGAAGUUUUCCCUAAACUCAUAGAGGUCCUGCCUUCUCUGCAGUCACUACAACAUCUAGACAUUGAGAAAAACAAAAUUGGCGACUCUGGUGCUAAGAUGCUGGCAGGCGUUCUGCACUUUUUGAAAUCUUUGAAAUUUUUAAAUCUGUCUCAGAACUGCAUUGGAGAUGCUGGAGUGGAGAGACUGGCUAAAGCUCUGGUAUCAGUUCCUUCAUUACAGAGCCUCAGCCUGUAUGGAAAUCUGAUUACUGACAAUGGAGCUGAACAGCUAGCCUCGGUUUUACCCGAUAUGAAACUGUUGCAGGACCUGGAUGUUAAGUUUAACAAGUUCACCGACAUUGGAGCUAAAAAGCUCAGCACUGCUCUGAAAAGCUGCAAUGGAAUGAAGUCUUUGGAGCUGUGGAAUAACUGCAUUCCAUGGGGAGUUUUUGAACAUCUCCAUCAUCAAGACCCACGGAUUAGAUCACUUUGAUGUACAGUGCUUAUUAAAAUAGCUGCUGCUGCACAAUGGAUGCUGUUACAAGCAAAGUUUCUUAUUACAAAAAUCAUAAUUCAUCAUAAGAUUCAAUACUUUAUCAAAACACUAAACAUUUUCAAAAAUACAUCUUUCAUUUUCUCCCAAAAUAGUCAACAUACAUAUGUGACUGACAUGUGACAUAUUACAGCUGAUUUGCACUUUGCACUAACAUUUCUGUAACCGAAUCACUAAAUUACUUUUUGUUGGUCUUUUUUUUUUACAAAAUACCUCUUUUACUACUUUUUGUUACAAUAAAAAUGUGUUUUUUAUUUUUUUAUUUUUAUGAGUCAACUUGUCUGUAACAUUGUAGAAAUUUGUGCAAUAGCAUCUAUUGCUGAUGCUUUUAUAAUAAAGAAUAAAAAUCUGCUGCCAUGUUAACUUAA